GGAGAGCGCGGGAGCCUUUUGAGCAGGGUCCCCGGGAGCGUGAAUGGCGCUGGUUCCCUGAAGCGGGGUCUGGGGGAGCCCGAGCCCCCCGGCGGCGGCGGCGGCCAUGGCCUGUUGUCACAACGUCAUGCUGCUGCUGGACACGGCGGGCGGCGCCGCUGGCCGGAGCCCGGUCCGGCGGGCCGCCCUGCGCCUGCUCCUCUACCUCAGCUGCCGGUUCGGCCUGGCGAGGGUCCGCUGGGCCUUCCGGUUCUUCGACUCUCAGGGGGCGCGGGGCCGGCCGGCCCGCGUGUCCGACUUCCGCGAGCUGGGCGCCCGCUCCUGGGAGGACUUCGAGGAGGAGCUGGAGGCCCGGCUCGGGGACGGCGCUGCCGGCGCCCACCUGCCCGGCCCGGCGCCCAGGGCGGCGCACACGCACGGCGCCCUGAUGGAGACGCUGCUCGACUACCAGUGGGACCGGCCCGAGAUCACGUCGCCCACCAAGCCGGCGCUGCGCCGCCGCGGGAGGCGGCUGCUGGACGCGGAGAGCGAGGCCGCGGAGGCCGGCGCGGCGCGCGGGGGCUUCGGGAACGCCGUCUUCCUGCUGGGCCCCUGCCCGCGCUCGCAGAGGGAGCUGGUGCAGUUCGUGUCCGGCUGCGAGGCCCAGGCCCAGGGCCCGCCGCCCACCCCGAAGCAGGUGAUGGAGAAGUUGCUGCCCAGGAGGGUCCAGGAAGUCAUGGUCACCCGGAAGGUCACCUUGUACUGGGUGGACACCACCGAGCGGUCCAAGCUGUGGGAGUCCCCAGACCACCUUGGAUACUGGACAGUAUGUGAACUGCUCCAGCACCUGGGGGGCACCGUCUUGCCGUUGGAGACUUUGAGCCCGGAUGGUACGAAAGCUGGGGAGACCCUGUUCUCACGUGAGCCUCACCUCUCCUCAUGGGUGUCAGCUCUGCCGACAGACUCCAUCUUAAACUGUGUGCUCUAUAAUUCUCCUGAGUAUGAAGCCUCGUUUCCACGGACAGAAGGAACGUUAUUUCUCCCUGUUGAAGGUAAAGAGACUCAAGAAGCAUGGACAGUCAUCCUAGAGCCCUUGGCCAUGCAUCAGAGACAUUUUCAGAAACCAGUCAGAAUUUUCCUGAAAGGCACGGCCACCCAGUGGUCUCUCCCCACGAGUGGCACUUUGGGCACUGAUAGCUGGAUGCUCCAGAGUCCAGAGGAGAAUAAGUCAGCCCACGGGACAUUGUUUCAGCAGCUGGUCCACAGGCUGACUGCCGAAGAGUUACAUCUGGUCGCCAGCGUGGACCCUGGUGACGGCUGGCCCCCCGUCACAGGCGUCAUUUCCCCGCUCUCUACCAACACUACGGUUCUCACCGUGUUCCGCAUCGAGGAGGCUGCAUUUCAAAGGCAUUUUCUCCAAACAGCUGUGGCCGAGAACCCUCUGGACACCGCGUCCCUUUGCUCCGAUGUUAUGGGUGUCAUAUUGAGUCCAACCUCUGGUUUACUGGGAGACCCUACCACCUCCGCUCCUCCCUGUCCGGAGUGGGCCCAGCAGGAGCUCGGCCGCACCGCGCCCUGGAGAGCUGCUGUUGCCGAGAGCUGGUUUCCCUGCUCCAACCUCAGUGGCGCCAGUUCGAAUUUGAUGGAGUCAUUUUGGCUGCUGCAGGCUGCCUCGCCCACUAAGGAAGAGUCUUCCAAGACUGAGAGUGAGUUAACACGCCGCCUGGCCGAGCUCUACCUGAGAAGGUCUCGCGAGGAACCUGCCGUGGCUAACCAGGAAGACAGCAGAAAGAAACGAGGCGUCCCUCGUACGCCAGUGCGGCAGAAGAUGAAGACCAUGUGCCGCUCCUUAAAGAUGUUGAACGUCGCAAGGCUGAACGUCAAGGCUCAGAAGCUGCAUCCAGACGGCAGUCCAGAGGCCGCUGGGGACAGGGGGACCCAGCAGACAGCGGGCGGGAGAACGGCGGGUAGAUUGGAGCACAGAGGAAGGACACGAAGAAGUGCCAAACCUAAAGAUUUUCAAACUGAAGAGGAGCUACAAUCUUACAUACAUGAAAAUUACCAAAAGACUAUGGCCACAAGAGAAACCAUGUUGUAUUCAUGUGCUCAGAGCAUGAUCUCAACCAUUAAAGCAUUUCUCAAGUCCAAAGGCACCAAGGACUUAGAGAUGAGCUGCCUGCAUCAAGUCAAAAAUAACCUCUUAAAAACUAGCAAAAGUCUUAGACAAGACAUGGGAGAAAACCGGGAUAAAGAGGACAAAAUCAGAGAGUGCCAGCUGCAGGUGUUUCUCCGUUUGGAGAUGUGUGUGCAGUGCCCGUCGAUACGUGACAGCAUAGAUGACGUGGAGCAGCUGGUGGAGGAGGUGGCGGAUUUGCUGCGCAUGGUGUGUUUAACCGAGGACUCGGCCUACCUGGCGACGUUUCUGGAAGAAAUUCUGGCAUUGUACAUUGACUCCGUCCCGAAGACGCUGGGGCAGCUGUACGACAGCCUGGGCAUUGUGGUUCCUCAGAAGCUGGCGGGGGUCCUGCCGACAGACUUCUUCAGCGACGACUCCGUGACACAGGAGAGCAAGUCGCCGCUUUCCUCUGCGCCCCUCAUGGCCAGCGGCAGCAGGUCAGCGCGGGGCGGCACGGACUCCGACCGGCUGGAGGAGCUGCGAACCCGGUCGGCUAAGAAGAGAAGGAAAAAUGCAUUAAUAAGACACAAAAGCAUUGCGGAGGUCUCACAGAAUCGUCGACAAAUUGAAAUCCCCAAAGUGUCCCAGAGACCCGCGAGAAACGAGAACUCUCGCCCCACUCUCCCGCAGCCCUCACUCCCAGUGAAAGAUCCAGUACAAGAAGUGACCAAAGUUCGAAGAAAUCUCUUCACCCAGGAAAUUUCUCCUUCAAAGGGACCGGCGAAGCGGGGGCUGCCGAGGAGCCACUCCGUGUCGGCCGUGGAAGGCCUGCAGCGCAAGCUGGACAGCAUGGGCAGGACCCGAGGGCAUCCCAGGCUGCUGACCAGGACUGUGGCCGAGACCCCGGAGCACAAGCAGGUCUCGGGGCGGCUGCUGCACCGGCAGAUCAAGGGCAGGUCCUCUGACCCUGGUCCUGAAAUCGACGUGGUUGAGGAGUCCCCGGAGAAAGAGGUGAGUCUGAGAAGAAGCCCGCGCAUCAAGCAGCUGGCGCUGGGCAGGACGAAAUCUGGUCCCUUCUAUUCUGCGUCUCACCCACAGCCUCGGAGCGUGCAGAGGGUUCACUCGUCUCAGCAAAGCCGGUCAGACCAGAGAGGAUCGCCUCCCCUCCCGAGGAUUCGGUCUCCGAAGACGCUGCUUUUUGGGGCCGUGUCCGAGGUGAUCAGGCCCUCGGAGGAGGGCGCGGCUCGACGUACAGGGCCUUCCGGAGACACGGUGGCCUCUGAGAUGCCGACAGCUUACCAGACGCCUAAGAAGAGUUCCUGGAAGCCUCCCUGCUCUCCGAGAGCUACGCCCCGAAGGCCCCCUCAUGCCCCUCGCACGCCACAGACUCCCCUGUGCUCCCCCCAGAGGCGGCAGAAGCCCUGUGCAGCCCGGACACCCGCCAGGCAGGGGCUGUUCCAGUCCCCUAAGGACUCCGCGCCCCAUGGCCGCCCCUCAGCUUCUCCGUCCCCAGCCUCUCUGCUCGGACGCCCCCUGCCCGAUGGCGGCGCCUCUCCCCUGGGAACGAGCCCGCGAACUCCCCGAAGGCCGGGCGGCCAGCCCCUGCAGCUUCUGCAGAGCCCCCCCUGGCUGCCCUCAGUGGCUUCCAGUCCAGAAAGCACCCCGCAUCCGGCAGCCUGGGGGGCGCCCAGAGAAACUGCCCGCGUGGCUGCACCUCCGACUCAGAAGCCCCAGCACCCCCACCACCUCGGAGCCUCUUGGGGCGAGGAGCCGGCACAGAGAGGGAGAGUGAACCCCGGCAGAACCCCGACAAGACCAGGGGACACAGCCGAGCCCGCUUCCCCACUGGCGUCUCCUCUCGCCUCCCCUGCGGGUGGCUUUCCCGAGAGUCCCCCCAGGACAGCCUCGGCCGAGUCCCCUUACCCUGGACAACUGGACGGGAGAGAGCCCCCCAGGACCUCAGGGCGAGCCAAGCCUGACGCCAGCCACAGCCCCCUCCCUGCUCCUGAAGGGUGGACGAGGCUGGGAAACACCUCCAGUCCCGAGAGGGGCUCCCUGGAGGGCCAGCCCCGUCCCUGCACCGCUCCUGCCCACGGCACAGACACCAGGAGGCAGCAGCAGGAGGGGGGCCCCUCUCCGCCCUCUGAAGGGCACGGCGACCCCGGGCCUGGCUGCAGGACCGGCUGGCACACGUCCUCCCCUGCGCUCACUGCAAGUGACACGGAGCCCCUCCCUGUCCCGGGCGAAGCCGAGGACGGGAACAGCCACAGUGCUCCCCUGGGAGACGGCGAGGGGUUAAGGCCGGCGGUUGCCGGGGAGCAGCCUUCUGACCCUGGGACUCCUCCCUCUGCGCCCCGCUCUCCCCGGACACCCCCUGGCGCCCUGCACUGUGCGGCCCCGCUCCAGCGCCUGCCAGUGUCUGCUCAGCUGUCGGAGGGCCCUGCCCACCCCCAGGCCUACGAGGUGGAGCUGGACGUGCAGGCUGGGGGGCUGCCCAAGCUUCAAAUCAAGGUGGACACCAGCCCGGGGCCAGACACCGAGCCGCUGAGAAGGGACCCAAGUGUCCCCCCCGGCCUGGCCUUGCCCAGGGGCAGCAAGGCCUCGAGACCCGACACCUACACGUCCCCCCCCUGCCUUCGCCCCGCGCACAGCAGCCCCGGCAAGAACGGCGGACAGACCUACAUCUGUCAGUCCUGCACCCCCACCCGCUGCCCCUCGAGCACCCCCAGCCCGUUCCAGGCAGACACUGGGGUUCCUUGGACACCAUCUCCCAAGCACAGCGGGAAGACAACCCCGGACACGAUCAAGGACUGGCCGCGGAGGAAGCGGGCGGUGGACGGCAGCCUGGGCGCCCCUGCGGGCAGGGCCGACGUGGGCACAGACCUUGGUGCGGGCGGGUCGCUGCUGCGGCCGGAGGGCACAGAGCUGGGCCUGGAGCUUGGCCUCCACAAGACUCGCAUCCUGGGGGACUUUGAGCUCGAGGGGGUGUGUCAGCUGCCAGACCAGUCCCCUCCCGGAGCCGGAGAUGGGGUGCCGGCCUCCGAGGAUGCCUCCCCCUGGGGGCCGUCCGGGCGGGGCCCCAGGAAGAGGCUGCUCUCUGCUGAGGACGCCGAGUGUGAAGCCAAGAGAGCCUGCGGCCAGCGGAGCGAGGACCCGGAGCCUCGGGGUGAGGCCAGGUCUCCGGGGCCGGGCCUCCAGCCGCUCCCGUCCGCCGGCGACGACGACCCGUGGGUCUCGGGUUCCACGCCCCCUCCCGGCCGUGCCAUGCGCAGCAGCCUCUCCGCCCGCGGGCUCCAGGCCCUGACGCAGUCCCCGCUGCUGUUCCACGGGAAGACGCUCGCCUCGCAGGGCAAGGACGCCCCGGAUGAGGACUCGGAUGUGUUUCCCGCCACGGAGGACUCCCCAUUCAGCCGAGCCUUUUCCAGGACCCGCCCCGUCAGCAGGACGUACUCGCGGAAGAAGCUGAUCAGCUAGAGGGGACCGGCAGGGCCUCGAACCAGACACUACAGAGCUGCCCGGCCCC